GUGAGUGUACGGAUUUAUUUGGGUGAUUUUUUUGUGCAUCGCACAACCGAAAAGUUUUGAUGAAGAAAAAAAUCAAUGAAAAAAAAGUCAGACUAGGAUUAAUGUAUAACAGAUCAAAUAACUAUAUCCCUCCAUGUUUAAGUCAUACCAAAAGGCUGUUUCAGGCAUACUGAAGACAUUCGUCCGUACCAAGAAAACCGACAGUGUACUUAAUGCAUCCACACAAAAAGUUGUUGGACAAUUAUCAGCAUUAUCAGCCAGUCGUAAGCAGCCUAAAUUAAUCAAGUUAUGUAAAGAAGAUUUAAUAAAGCAUAAGACCAUUAGCAAUGCAUGGAAUGUUUACAAGCGUCAACAAAUGGAUAAGAAACAACAACAAUUAGACCAACAGUAUGAAAGUAUAUAUAAUGCAAUGGAAGAAUUGAAAAAAUUAAGUCCAGAAUUAUUUGAAAUAGCCAAUCAACAAGAAUUACCCAAAUAUCCAUUAGAAAUGAGACUUCCAACCGAUUAUCCACCAACCAAACCUUGGGUGUAUAAUUACGCGCCAGCCAAACAAGAAUAAACAACUGUAUAUAAUGUAAAUAGAAGAAUAAUAAACUUAAUCAUCUAAAGCUCUUGCUUUUCUUUUUCUUGGGGGAAUUCCCGAAGAAGUUGGAGUUCCUGGUGUAGUGGCUGGAGACUCAGUCGAAACCCCAUUUGAUUUAGGGUCUUUACCAAUGUUUGGAUCAACCGAGUCCUCAUAAUCGUCAAAAUCAUCUUUAGU